AUGGCAGUGGUGAUUUCAUUUGUCAGCAGUAGGCACUUGUUUGAAGAAGAUAAUGGCCCGUACCUGUUAGUGGAAGAUGGCAACGAGAUUACAGUGUAUGAAAUAGAACAGCCGCUUUUAGAAGAUCUACAGUUGUUUGAACAACAUCAUGUACCUAGAGUGCGACGUCAAGCGCAUGGUAGCGUUGGUACCAACCCAGAUGGAACAUCAAAUGUAGCAAUGAAGGUUCCGUUAGCUGGCAAUGAUAAGAAUGUGCUAAGUGGAAUCGGCAGUGUUGGCGCGGCUUCCGGUAAUGGGGGUUUUAAGGCGGCAGGUGGUGGUUUGGCUUGGGACAACGUCAAUGGCCACGGCGCGAGUUUGACUGGACAGCGCAUUCCUGAGUUUGGUAAUCAGCUGACUGCAGCCGGAAAAGUUAAUUUAUUCCACAACGACAAGCAUGACGUCACCGGUAACGCCUUUGCGACCAGAACUUUCCCCAAUAACCCGAACAUUCCUAAUUUUGAUACCUACGGCGGCAAGGUUGGAUACACUUAUGACCACAAAGUGGGGGCAUCAUUAGGCAUGGCGCACACUGACCUGUUCAAGAAAACUGACUACUCGGCAAUGGGCAACUUAAAUCUCUUCAGGAACCGUGACUCCUCGUUGGACCUUAACGCGGGAUUCAGCAAGUCCGUUUCGCCGUACAUACCAAGCAGCAGAUGGGAGCCCUCCGGCGGCGUCUCGUUCACUAGAUUCUUU